AUGGCGCCAGACGAAUACUCCACUGGCGGGGGUGGCAAGCUCAAGCUCAAGGGCAGCAAAGUGAGCGACGGGCGGGUCGACAAGAAAAAGAAGAAGAAGGCGAAGAAGGAGAAAGACGCUGCGCAGAGCGAACAAGCCGAGCAAGUCCAACGGCCGGAGUCAGGCGAGGCUGAUGCUGAAGCUGAGGCUGAGCGGGAGGCGUCUCGCGAGCGAGAGGAAGAGGGCGGUUCUUCUGCGAAGACGGAGGCUGAGAAGAAGUAUGAGGAGGUGAGGCGGAAACGGUUACAUGAGCGGCUCCAGAAAGAAGGAAUCAAGUCACACAAGGAACGUGUGGAGGAGCUGAACAAGUACCUCAGCCGGUUGAGUGAGCAUCAUGACAUGCCGAAGAUCGGACCUGGUUAA